CUUCUGCUCACGUGAUCAAGACGCGUUUUGAUUGGUCAGCCAGGGGUCAUCUGGGUCAGCUCAGGUGAGUCGGACCAGCCCAUCACACAGACAGGUGGAGCAGACAGGGGAGGAGCCAGGGCUAUGGAGGAUGGGUCUCCAUAUAAGGUGACAGUGUUGAAGGAAGGGUACUCUUAUCUGGAUGAUGGCGGACAGUUCCGUGCUGAUGGGACCAUCACACUCGUACAGGGGAGGCAUGUCAUCCUGGUAGACACAGGUGGUCCUCAGGACAAGGACACCCUGCUCCAGCAGUUAGCGUUCCAUGGGUUGAACCCCCAGGAUGUACAGUAUGUGGUGUGCACCCAUGGCCAUGUGGACCACGUGGGCAACCUCAACCUCUUCCCUGACGCCACACACAUCGUUUCCUUCGAUAUAUGCAAGGGGGAUGUCUACACAGACCAUCCCUUUAAACAGGGGGCAGCGUACACCAUUGAUGAGCAGGUGUCAGUGAUCCCCACACCUGGCCACACAGGUGCAGAUGUCAGCCUGGUGGUGAGAACAGAAACACAGGGGACAGUAGUUGUAGCAGGUGACCUGUUUGAAAAGGAGGCUGACCAGACUGACCCCUCCCUGUGGCAGGAUGUGAGCGAGAAUCCUUCCCAGCAGGCCGAGGGGCGGAAGCGUGUGCUGGCCAUGGCUGACUUCAUCGUCCCUGGGCACGGUGCAAUGUUUAAGGUUCAGAAGGAGACGGAGCCAAGCUGACAGUGACUGUCUCAAAACUACUGCCUUAACACUAACAGACACUUUGUCUUAUCAAACAGUGCAAUUACAGAAAGUUUUAAAUCCAUAUCCCAACAUGCAUCUGUGUUUGAGGAAGUUAUGUCACUGUCUCAAAACUGCUGCCUUAACAGACACUUUGUCUGAUGGGUCUGAUCUCCAAGCAUAUCCUAUGGUAACAUAAGAUAGUAUCAAAAGCUGGUAGAGGAGUGAAGCCGGCCUAGGGGUGUGUUUGGCUACCGGAGCAUACACACUCCUAUGCCAGCUUCACUCCUCUGGCAGCUUUUGAUACUAUUUUAUGCUACCAUAGGAUCUGCUUGCAGAAUAUUAUGGGGCAGUGUCAUUACAGAAAGCUUAAAAUCUAUAUCCCAACAUGCAUCUGUGCUGUGAGGAAAAUAUGUCACUGUCUGGAGCAGAUUAUAGAUUAAAAUUGAAGAGGUUUAUUCCACAUUUUCAUCUUUCCUGUCCUGUUCUAAUAAGCACAAAGCCAGCUAUCAGUAAUGGAAAAGUCACUUCCAUGUUAAAAACUGGAAAACCUAUCCUCACAUUACUGAUCAAAUUUCACUUCUCCACGCUGAAAUUUCCAUCAUACUUUGUUCUGCAGCAGGGAUAAAAGUCCAGUACAGAUUUUUCUUCACAUAUGUAAUGGUAACUAGAACUACGUACAUGAGGUAUAUUGCUCUUUUACAUGAAAAACAGUCUGCAAUAAAUAAUAUGCCUAUCUAAGAGACCUAAUGUAUGUAUCUGGGUUGAAACUGUAGAUUAUUUUCUGGGAAUCAAUGAUACUGGCUUUUUUC